AUGCCGUCGGAAAAAAUGGUGUUCGAACCGAAUCCUAUGAUUUCAAAAAACGCUUAUGUAUCGUCAAUGGAUCAAUAUCGGAAAUUGCAUAAGGAGUCUUUGGAGAACCCCGAAGGAUUCUGGGGCGAUGUCGCUAAGCAGUUCCAUUGGGAAGACCCGCCGUUGCCUAAUAAAUUUUUUUCCUACAAUUUCGAUAUAAGAAAGGGACCUAUCUAUACUAAGUGGAUGGACGGCGCCACAACAAAUAUUUGUUAUAAUUUGUUAGACAGGAAUGUCAGAAAUGGAAGAGCGGAUAAUAUUGCAUUUUAUUGGGAAGGUAAUCACCCGGACGACUACAGCCGAUUAACGUACCGGAAACUCUUAGAAGAAGUAUGCAGAUUUGCCAACGUUUUAAAAAAUUUAGGAGUUCGCAAAGGUGACAGAGUAUCUAUUUAUAUGCCAAUGGUUUUGGAAUUGGCAAUUGCUAUGUUAGCAUGUGCUAGAAUAGGGGCUGUUCAUUCGAUCGUGUUUGCAGGUUUUUCAUCCGACUCUUUGGCCGAAAGAAUGACAGACUGUCAAGCGAAAGUCCUCGUAACUGCUGAUGGAGCAUGGCGAGGUGAGAAACCAUUACAUUUGAAAGCUCUUUGUGACGUAGCUAUGGAAAAAGCCGAAAAGCUGGGCCAUCGCGUUCAAAAAUGUGUGGUUGUCGCUCAUCUGAAACGUGUCACUCCUGGAACCAGCGAGGAGAUCAAUGGAGUCGAGACUCCUAUGACAGAUGGCCGCGACCAUUGGUGGCAUGAGGAAAUGGACGAAGUUGAACCAGCAUGUUACCCAGAAUGGAUGGCUGCUGAGGAUCCAUUGUUCAUGCUUUAUACAAGCGGCUCCACUGGUAAACCGAAAGGGGUUCUACAUACUACAGGUGGUUAUCUAUUGUAUGCUGCCACCACAUUUAAAAUGGUUUUUGACUACAAGCCCGAUGACAUCUACUGGUGCACUGCUGAUGUAGGAUGGAUUACUGGACAUUCGUAUGUUGUCUAUGGACCAUUAGCUAAUGGCGCCACCUCCGUUAUGAUCAUUUUGGUGUCACUCACAAUGAUCCUCAAAUUGAAAAUGCAAGUGACAGUCGUUAUAACAGCUAAACUAUACAGAUUUUUAGAUUGGGUCCAAAAGGAUAAAAGUGAAGUAUGA